CCCGGCGGCCCGGCGAGUACCCUGGUACCUCCCGCUCCUCCUGCGGGGCAGCUCACUCCCGCGCACCUCGUUCAUACCCGACUGGCACACACCACGCAAGACAUGGAUCGACGAGCAGUUAUUGCUGUGAUGUUGGUAGCGCUUGCGUGGAUUCCCGGCGCGAACGUCUCUCCUCAGCUUAACCUGUGCGGCCCGUGGUACCACUGCUGGCCGCCGCUCCUCGUGUUCCUGCUGGAGGGGGACCAGCCCGGGCCCCAGAGGGAGUCGCCGUCGACGCCCCUACGUGAGCACCCGGAGGAGCCCACAUCCUCGUCCCACACCACCUUCGGCUACGGCAGCCACAACGGUCCCGGCGUGUGGCACCUGACGUACCCCGAGUGCGGCGGCUCGCGGCAGUCACCCGUCGACCUGGACGCCCGCGCCGUGCUGCCCAUGGAGGCCCUGCAGCCGCUGCUGUGGAGCAACUACUGGGUGCCGCCCUCCAACAUGUCGCUCGCCAACAACGGCCACACGGUGAUGCUGUCCGCCUCCUGGGAGCCGCCCCUGCUGCAGCCGGCCAUCUCCGGGGGCCCGCUGGCUGGGGACUACGUGUUCGAGCAGCUGCACUUCCACUGGGGGCCCGAGGACAGCGUGGGCAGCGAGCACACCGUCAACAACCUCAGCUUCCCCAUGGAGAUGCACGCCGUGCACUACAAGAGGGACUACGGCAGCUUCCAAGAAGCGCUGCGGCACCGAGACGGAGUGGCUGUGGUCGCGUUCCUCUUUGUCGCCGGCGAGCGCGACAACCCGGCGCUGGGGCGCCUCGUGACGCCCAUGCAGGCGCUGAAGCGGCGCGCGGGCUCCGGCAGCGUCGUGGAGCGUCCCUUCCCGCUCGCGCUGCUGAAGCCGCGUCGCGACGCCGAGUACGUCACGUACUCGGGCUCGCUGACCACGCCCCCCUGCAGCGAGGUGGUCACGUGGAUCAUCGGCACGGCGCCGCUGCGCGUCUCCCGCGGCCAGCUAUCCGUCUUCCGAGAUCUGUCAUCGAGCGGGAGCAUGGACGAGUUCAACUACAGACCUGUGCAGCCUCUGAACCACAGGUUGAUGUUUCUCUUCAGGUGAACAGGAGUCACACGCGGUGUAGGUACUCCUCAAGGAAGAGAGGAACAAAAACAGCAAAUGUGCCAUAACCCGAAAAAAACUUAGCUUGCUUCUAAAAAUACGCAAGUGGUGGUUGCACAUCGUGCUUGGACUUUAACAGAUUUCCACUGCCUUCGUGCAUAACCUAAUGGUGCUACCCAAAUCAGCCUCAUCCUGAAAGAUGAGCAAAGUUGAGAGAUUGAAGUCGUAACCUUCGCAAGUGCCUCGAUGAUUGCAAUGUUCAAUCCUUCACCUUACUCGUGAAGAACCGCGAUUGGUGAAUGCCUCGGAUUUAAAGAACCGCUAUUCCGGUCUUAUGGCAAUCCAAAUAAAAAAAAUGUGUUAGUCUUAAGUAUCAUGUUUAUUUAAAUUGUUUUUAAUGGAAGUGAUAAUUUUUUCUUUCAAUUUUGAAAUAAAAUAUCAACUUCGAGGAAUAUUCCAAGAUAGAAGAACAAAUCGCAAACAGCUUAAAAAUAUUUAUUGCAUGUUAUUUCGUUAUAGAAUCAUGUUUGACUAUUUGUGUGUGUGUAUGAUUGCUAGAAUAAGUGGGUUCCUUGAAUGUGGACACAGGCAGAAAAAAAGGUUUUUUUUCAUAACAGAAAUGGACCAUCAGAGAAUGCUGAGUAAUGCUGCAUUCUCUACUGUCAAGUAAGUGUAGGUAGGUAGGCUUAAAAAUUUAGCUAUAAAACAUUUUUGACGUGAUUUGAAACAAAUACACUGGCGGAAAAUGAAAUCCCAACACCAAUGCGACAUUAAUUUAGAGGAAUGCAUUUUAGUAUUAACAACUGUCUAGGCAACAUGUUUAUUUGAUAACAGUUUUAAGGUCACAGGUUCAAGUAUGUCCGAUAAGACACGUGGCAUGGUGGAACAUUGAUAAUCGCUGUAGCCACCAUGAUUUUGCUUGCAUCGUGUCGUAAAGAUGCCAUAGGUAAUUUUUUUGUGGGAUGAAGUUCCACGUCCGUUGCACUUGGUCAGUCGAAUAAGCAAUGGUCAGUGCUGGUAUUGGAUGACACUGGAUUUGUCUUCCCAUAACGGCCCAUACGUGCUCAGUGGGCGAAAGGUCUGGUGCUCUCGCGGGCCAAGGCAACUGUAGAGCGAGAAUGUAGAGUAUGUAGAGUCAGGGGCGCAACAAGAAGGGGGGGGGGCAAGGGUAUUUUGCCCCCCCUCUGAAACUUUGAAGUGGGGGCAAACGGAGGCAAAGAAAGUGCUGUGUAAUCAAUUUUUAGAUAAUAAAACUGCUUAAAUAGCACCAUUUUCCACCUUGAAAUACAAAUUUUCCCGGGGGAGGACCCCCGGACCCCCGCUUCAAUAGGGAAAUCGAUGAUUCUAUAUAAAAAGGUAUAUUCCCCCCCCCCUUUGGAAAUUUAGUUGUUGCGCCCCUGUGUAGAGUGACAGCAGCGGUGACGAGAACGAGAGUUAUCCUGUCGGAAAACACGCGCUUGAAAACUACGAACGAAUGGCAGCACAAACGGCUCAAGUCACCAGUCUGGCGUGCGAAGCCACUGUCGAGGUUCUUGGGAUGACGACCACAGUGCUCCUGCCGUCGCAGGAAGCCGCAGGUACGGAGUGUCGACGCCGCAGAGAGCUCGGUUCCCAGCGCUCAUCUGACCUGCUUCUUGCCACCCUACCGCCAAGACAGGAACGGCUCUCGUCUGGGAAAACAACAGAUCUCCACUCCUCCUUCCAAUGAGCUCUAGCUUGAUACCACCCAAGUGAUUCGGUUUUAGUGGCACGAACGCUACAUGACACCUAGCUCGGAUCUGUCUCCUCGAGUAAUCGAUAUGCUACAGUUCGCUGUGUCGCUCUGAUUAGUCGAAGUGGUGAGCGACGACACAGCUCCGGUACUAGCCUGGACAGCUAGCAGAGGUUGGAUAGUCCUCCACCGGGCCACGGGUUCACUGGGUGUUUUGAGGGGUCCCAGCGUGAUGUGGGAGAUCGAGUUAGGCGCCAGUAGUGCUGAUAAAGUCUUAGGGCUCAGGACACAGCCAACUGUCUGGUUAGCUGAGUGAGAUACGGGGCUGAGGCGGUGACUAUGCUGGGUUGGUGGCCCUAGCCUCUGGUCAUUGCCGAAGCUCUAAUACCAUCCCGAUCAAACAAGAUGGAGUGAUCCCUAACAGUUCUGUUUAAAUUCCUGGAAUGUAAAUAGAUCGAACUGGAAGUUACUUCCACCCUACCCUGAUAGGGCGCAUAUGUGGGAGGGGAACGUGAGGAUGUCGGCCGUAGGUCGUAACAAUCCUGUCGCUCUGAUUCUAACUGAAGCUCUACCGGCUGCUGUACAGAUGCUGUGCGAUCCAUCACUGCCAUGCGGUGAAUUCGGCAGUCUUCCUUCUCCGCGGUGGACAGACGGCCCCGUUCUUCUUGAGACAGCGCCUUACCCGCGGCCAUUGUUACCAACACAGAUGCGGUGUGGGUGGGUGGAUCCCUGCCAAGUCCUUCUGCAAUGUCGGGGAAAGAACAUCCACCUUCUCGUAGCCUACACGGCCUCGUUAACACUCGACAAGCUGCUGGUACUGCCUUCUUCGUCUCCUCACAGGCAUGUUUGAGUCACACCUACCUCACAACAUAGGCGUAACCACGAUUUUUUAGGGGAGGGGGGGGGGGGAGUUUUUUUGUUCCAGAUUUUUACGAAAAACUCAUAGAUGGCAAAAAUGAAUUUUUACUAUGAUAUAUAAAAUUCCAUAAAAUUUUCAUCUGUAACUUUUCUUUUCCCAAUAUUUUAUUCUAUAAUGUGACCUGUAGCAACAACAAAUAGCAUUACCUAUUACUUGAAAAUAAAAUAAAAAUUCCUUUAACCGGGUACUCGGGGAAAGUCGCAGUGUUGCAGUCACUACUGCUACCCAAUGCCCAAUCCUGUUAAGAAAAACUAAAGCAUAUCGAAGUUGAGUAGUACUUAUUAGUACAUGGACCAAUCACCACGAUUAAAGAACUGAGACUGACCAACCACGAACCAACCACUGCGAUCCGACUUUGUUUACGUUUGAUUACCACUCGGGCUGAUCGGUGACGUCAUGUCCCUCGUCGCUCGGAGCUUUCACUAUUUUCUUAACCUUGAAGAUUUGGGGGGGGGGGGGGGGGUUUAACUCCCCAAAAAAACCUUUCCCCGGGUCCGCAUAUGCCUCACAACGUCAUCACCGGACGAUGCCUAAUGCUCACGAAGUGUGUACAGGGCGUACUCAAAGCAAACUUGCUUUUCAAGGCCAGAGUGGCGCUACCAGCACCACUCUUCGUCGACUAGCGUUGCAUAGGCGUUAUCUUCCACAUGUGCAAACACGCUUCCCGAAUUUAUUUUAUCUAGCACAACCCUUCUUGGUGUUGGGGAUUUCAUUUUCCGCCAGUGUGUAUCUUUGUACCUAUACUUGGAGAUUUUGAACAACUGAAACUGUCGAUUUAUGUUGCGAACUUUAAGACAGUUUCCGGUCAGUCUACAGCAACGUGAAUAAAUAAUUGCAUAUAUAUGUAUAUUUAUGUGUGUAUUUACAUACCUUUAGAUAAACUGGAAGCCACUCAGGGAAAGUGGUCAAAUUGUCAGAUCACUUACAUCCCACCAGAGUCAUAAGUGUGGGUGUCCCAGACACAUUCAGUAUGUUUUGCAAGUAGGAAACAUUGCAGUGAGCAAGACUGUUUUCUCUGGGGGGGGGGGGGGAUGCUGUUCCCCCGACCGUUAAUUUUGUCAUCACCACUAAGGCACGUUCUACAACGACACGGAAAUGGAGACGGAUCACGUAAACAGACGGAUCCCACACAAAAUUUUCACCAUUGCUUCUGCUGCUUCCACAAUGUAAAUAUAACAAAUGUCAACCAAUGAGAUUGUAUUUCAAGAUUACGAAAUACUAAUUUAAUUGAAAAAAAAAUUAUGCUUCGAGAUCAUAGCACGGGCAGAAUAUACAUAUAUCGAUGGCUAAGAGCACAAAGGUUGUAUGUCCAAAAACAGAAAAAUGGAAGAAACAGCAAAAGAAUGUUUUGUGACAAGUCACCUAAAGAGUUUUACUUUACUGUUGUUGUGAAUUAUAUAUAUGUAGAAUUGAUUUAGUUUUAACAUAAAUCUGACAGUAUCCAUGUACUGUUUACAUUGUCAGUGACUCAAUAUUCCCUACAAAUUAUUUUUAAAUAAGGUCUUUAUUAUGUGAUGGUAGGACAUAAAACCUUUGUACAGAAUGAUAGUGUCACUUUAAAGCUAUUCCUUACAAAAUUGUUUAUGUUGCACUAAUUUCUACAACGUGGAAUUCUAAUGAAAUACAAUAUAAAAAUGGUUAUAAAAAUACAAAACACAUCAGUGAAGUCACAAAAAAAUUCACAUAAACAGAACUAAUUAUAUUUAUUUUGCCUCUUGUUCACUAUGCAGUUCAUAAUGCAUAAACUCAAGGGGAAAUUUGCAAUGAAAUUUCUUGUGAAACUCAUCUACACAAAAAAAUUAAAUCUUAUCACCUAAACAAAAUUCCUUUUAUUUUCUUGUUUACGUCUUUUGUUGUGUUCACACUUCUUGAGAUUCACUUUCUCUAGUGUUGUAGGGAACACCAUCUUUCCUCCCCUUUUCACAAGGAAGAGCUUUGAACCAAGCAACGUAUGUUUCUGGAAUGACACCUUUAUCCAGCAGUUUUAACAGAUCUUGCUUUUUCUGGACUGAUAUGGGUAUCCUCUUACUGUUCGCAGAACUCAGAGUGAUGGUGCUCCAUUUAAAUAAACGACAAAAUAAUAACAGAACACUAGACAGUCUUCCUAUUUACAAAAUAAACGAACACGGCUGCCACUGCAGCCAAAUACUCGGCUUCUAUUAGUCGAACGGAGCCACGUAAACGGAAGAGCUCAGCAUUGCGGGUCUGUCUCCGUCUGCGGGCCGUUGUAGACACUGUUCUGAGGGAUUCACCUCCGUUUACGUGAUCUGUCUACGUUUCCAUGUCAUUUAGAACGGGUCUAAUCGUCUUUAAUGACUGCGAUGCCAACGAGACGUUAAGCCCUAAUUUAUUCACCCCUAUUGUGUUCUUCUGCGAUGUCUCUGUUACGUCAUACAAAAUUUGUGCAUGUAUUAAUUUAUCUAUCAAUACUUUUCGGCUGUAUUUUCUUCUAUGUUUCGUAGAGAAUUGUAUGUGCGUGUCUGCACAAACUCCUCUCUUUCGUUCAACGUCUAUAUUUAAUUUCUCGUUGUUUUGCGACUUUUUUUGUGGUAACUAACUUUAUUUUUUAUAUGUUAUUUACAAAUUUCCUGGUAAUAAAUAAUCUUAGCUUGUUUCGUGAUGUCAUGUUAUUUUGUAUCAAAUGCUGGUUUUACUGUUAAUGCCACUUACCUCUAAAAUUGUAAAUGCUCAAAUUUUCUGUCAAAUCAAAUGUACUGCUUCUUUCUACAUAUGUUGUCAUCAAAUGCAUUCAAAACAUUUUUUUUUAAAUUUAGCAUUCACAUUGGUAGAGAACUGUUUGGCCGUUAAAAAAAAGUGCAGGAUUUCACAUGGGUAAAGAGACCCUAGGCACGUUGAAAUAAUGAACUUAAAAAAAUUAGAUUUACCAUGCAAGUUAUUGAGUCAUUCCCAACACAUGCAUAUCAGCUGUCGUAUGUAGUACACAUAUAUCUGUCUGUGCGUACAAGAGAAUGACCACAACCCACAUCAAGUUACCGUCAUUUAAACAUGGGGUGAUGAUUGUCAUCUAAGUACCCAUGCUUAAGUGAAAAUAAGUGCUUAUAUUGUUUGAAAAUAAUUUAAGUACCAAUUUGGUGGCCUUCAGAGCUGAAGAUGCAGUUUUCAAGCGCUAUAAAUUUUGUUUAUGAUUUUUCAAGAAAGUUAAGUUUGCUGCAUUUAAAUAAGAAUUCAAGUACUGCAUUAGAGCUUUAUAAUUAUAAAAUGUUUUUCAUCCGUCAAAACAUAAGGGAUGUUAUAUUAAAAUUAACUUUAAUAUUUACGUAAGAAAUCAACUCAUAUAGCUUAAUCCUAAAAUAAACAUUUGUAAUGUAUUAUAUUUGUUUAUUAUAAUUUUACCUCUUUUAACUAAUAAAAUGUACAAUCAAUUUGUUUACAAAAUGAAUAAAACACAGUAUUAAAAUUUUGACUUAUGUUAGAUGUUUGGAGUUUUUCUUUUUAUAUAAUUCUUAGACUUGCUCUCUACGACUUUAAAAACAAGUAAAUAUAUCAUUCUACUAUAUGUAUAAGAAGAAUAAUGGCAAAAAAAAAAGCAAUUACAUUUAAUUGGCUGUCUAUUUUGAUAACAGAACAUUUAUAUGUGCAGCAACGAUGUGUCAUUGUAAAUUAUUAAUUCAAUAAUGUUGUAGAUCGUAGUUCAUUCAAGCAUACCUGAACUUUUAAAAGUAAAUAAGUCUAGCAGUAAAACAUAAGUUCUUUUGAAAGUGUUCACAAUACUUAUGCACGUUAAAAAUGAUGUGUUCGCAUUCAUUUUCAUUUCGCAAACUUAAUAUUUAUUAUUUUUUCUUGAAUGUGGUCUUUUAAACCUAUUACAAUGCAUUGAGAGCAGUUUGGUGCUAAAACAAAUUUAUAUGAUACAAGUGAGAAGCUACUUAAUGUGCAAAUUCCUUAAGGCUACCUAAAUUGUGAGUGUAAAGCUCUUUGUGUGUGUUUGUAAUAGUACGUACAAAAAUAAAUUUUAUUAUUGUGUUAAAAAUGUGCACAGUUAUGUACAUAUUAUUUUCAAUGUAUUCAAAACAAGAAUAAAGUAUAUUGUGAUA